CUAAUUUUCCCAGUUUCACCUGUAUUUCCAUUUGCACAUUUACUAGAACUUUGAUAAGGUGCAGUAUUCCAUAACUGUAGCGGGGUUCCCAGCUCUGACCAAAGCUCUUCUGGACCACCUGAAGAUUUUUUGGCCAAUUGCCACUCCACCUCACCUCACCCCACCCCCCCCCACCCCACCCCCCAAUAGUUUUCACAAUACCAAGCAGUUAAAAUCUCCAUGAUUGCUUUCGAGAAUCACUUGGAGAGGGAUGCCAAUUCUUUCCCAGAGACUGAAGCUAAUCAUGCAGGGGGGCAACCCUUGCAAGAGUUGAUUGCUUGCUUAUUUUUAAGCUCAUGUUUCCGCUGUGACGGAAGAGCAUUUUGUGGAUUGUUUUCACUGCCAAGGGGUUAAACCAACAGAGCUCGGUUUGUUUCCUAGAGAGGGCAGCACAGACCUGAAAAGAAGAGAGAAGACUCUUGUUCCUGUUAGGGGGUGGGGUUUGGUGUACAAUUCCCUACAGUGAGUACAGUUACAGAAAGAGGGGAAGAAGAAGAGGAAUUAAAAAGAGGAGGAGAGCCCCCGAGUCCCAGUAGGGAGCUGCGUGGAGAGCUGUUUUCCCUAGGGCACAUCUCAGCACACCUGUCUAGAUCCCUGCCACUUACUUUAGAGUUUUCUGUAGUGUGACAUUAUCUUUGUGACAUCACCCAAGGAUGAAAAUGGAGGGUCAAGACCAUGCAAGCUGUACACAAGGGGAAGUAUUGGAUGGAACAGGAAAAGACCCUCAUGUCUUCCAGGGCACUAAAGCUCACAAAUCUAGAAUGACUAUGGAGAGAGGAUGUAAGCCCCCUGAAGCAAUGCAUUCUGGGAGUACUGGGGGGUCCCUCAGAAGGGCAUUUCCACUUCAGAUGAAAGAGGAACCAGAAGACAGUUUGGUCCAGUGGGAGGUGUUCCUAAGAACUGUGGGAUCUCCUCACUCAGAACUGGAAAUUGCACAGUUGCCUGAAGAGCCUACUCCAUGGGAUGAUACUAAGGCCUUUCUGGCCUCCUUUGAGCAAGUGGCUGAAGCCUGCCGGUGGCCCAGGGAGGAGUGGGUGGCCCGACUCUUGCCGGCCUUCAGUGGAGAAGCUGAGCAGGCCUUUAGCAGGCUGGAUGUGGCAGCCAGGGGUGACUACAGGAAGGUGAAGGCAGCCAUCUUGCGAGGGGAGGCCAUCAGCAGGGAGAAGCAGCGUCAACACUUCAGGCGUUUCUGCUACCAGGAGGCUGAGGGGCCAAGAGUGGCUUACAGCCAGCUUCAGGACCUUUGCAGUCGGUGGCUAAAAGUUGAGAGAUACACCAAGGAGCAGAUCUUGGAGCAGCUGAUCUUGGAGCAGUUCCUGACCAUUCUUCCAUUAGAGAUCCAGAACUGGGUCAGGGAACUUGGCCCAGAGACCUGUGCUCAGGCAGUGGCCCUGGCAGAGGACUUCCUGUCACGACAGCGAGAGGCUGAGAGGCAGGAAGACCAAGUGGAAUUUGAGGAGGAGGAGGAGGAGGCAGUAUGUUUCUGGGGGACAGAUCAAGCACCCUCCAAGAGCAAGCAGAAGUUCCAUGUGGAAACCAAGCAGGAAGAUGAUGAGGCGGCCGGCAUGUUGGGCAAAGGGUGGAUGACCCUCCAGCAGGGGGAGGCAUACAGGUCAGAAAGUUCAGAGCAAGUGAGACCACGUGGGACGUUACUGUGGAAAGCAGAAGAGAUCCUCUCCCAGCGCUGCGAGCAGGAAAUCACCUCACCCAGUCGAGAGAGACCAGUUUAUCUGCAGGGAAUCCACUCAGUGGAGGGAGCGGAUGGAUCCAUUUCUUGCAGGAGAGGGUACAAGGCCUUCAUUAAAAACACAACCCAGACAGGAGCUGAUUCUGCAGGUGAUGGGUGGGAGAGUGAAAAUGAGGGGGAACUACCUGCAAUGUCAUCAGAAAGAGGCGAAAAUGAGGAGUUGAAAGAGAACCUUUGGCAUCAAGAUGGUGCAAAGAGGCAAGAACAAAGCCACAACGAAGAGAGGGAUAAAUCCGUUCCUUCUCAGAGUGGGGGCUGGCAUGAAGUCCCAGCCCAGCUAAAGAAACCAAGAGGCCAGAGAAGGAGCACAGGCCUCAGUGCUCAUUGGCAAAUCCACACAGGGGAGAAAGCAAACAAAGGUUUGAAGUUUGGGAAGGGCUUCAGCUGCAGCAGAAUCCUAACUUCCCAUAAAAGGAUUCAUGCUGGGGAGGAGCCAUAUCGCUGCCCAGACUAUGGCAAGAGCUGCUCUGAGAACUCCAGCCUAAUUCACCAUCAAAUAAUCUACACAGGGGAUGAGCCUUAUGAAUGCUCAAUAUGUGGAAAGAGCUUCUGUCAAAACGCAGGACUCGCUUCACAGCAAAGAAUUAACACCAGAGAGAUGCCCUAUACAUGUUCAGUUGGUGGAAAGAGCUUCUGUCAGAGUGCAAACCUGACAUCCCACCAGAGAAUUCCUACAAGCAAGAGACCACACAGCUGUUCAGACUGUAGCAAGAGCUUCCGUAGCCAAGCAAGUGUUGUUAAACAUAAGAGAAUACGCUCCGGGGAGAAACCACAUAAAUGCUUGGAAUGUGGGAAGAGCUUCAAUAAGAAGGCAAGCCUGACUUCACAUCAGAGAAUCCACACCGGGGAGAGACCCUAUAAAUGCUCAUACUGCAUCAAAAGCUUUUGUGAUCAGUCAAACCUUAUUAAGCAUAAGAGAAUUCAUACAAAGGAGAAACCAUAUAUGUGCUCUGAGUGUGGAAGGAGUUUCAGUCAAAGUACAAGCCUUAUUAGACAUCAAAGAACUCACAAAGGUGGGGGAAGCAUUGAUAUUAACCUCCCAUGCACUUAAGUCAAUGGAGAAUUAUUAUUCUGAGACCUUGCUUCAAAUACCUGGAUUUGUGAGACUCAGAGGAUAGUUAUAUAAAGCAGGACCUUUUUAGUGGUUGUUCCUUUUAGGUAGAACUCUCUGCCUGAGGAUUUGUGAUUCAUUACUGGUCUCAAUAGCAUGUUUUACUGGAAGCUUUUAAAGAUUUUAAUAAUUUAAUACUGUUUUAUUCCUUUAUGUAAACUGAAGAGCAGAGAAAGAAUGAAGUAGCUAUGUAAAAUAAAUAACAGAUCUGUAAA